CUCUAUUGAAUUGAUCUUGAGAUUACCAUCCAUUUUCUUCACGACAACAUCAAACCGACAAAAUGGCUCCAGCAAACACCGGCGCAAAGAAGCAAAAGAAGAAGUGGUCCAAGGGAAAGGGUGCGCAUAUUUUCUAAAAUGGAAUUUCGAUCAAAGGGAAAAUGGGAACUGAUGAAAACUCAAUAUAGUCAAGGACAAGGCUCAACACGCCGUCAUCCUCGAUAAGGCCAUUUCCGACAGACUCGCCAAAGAUGUUCAAUCCUACCGUCUCGUCACUGUCGCUGUUUUGGUCGAUAGAUUAAAGAUCAACGGAUCUUUGGCCAGAAGAUGUUUGAAGGAAUUGGAGGAGAAGGGACAGAUUAAGAUUGUCGUCAAGCACCACGCCGGUGAUAUCUACAGUACGUUUUCACAUUUCGACAUUACCCUCUUAUCAACAAUUCGCAAGAAUUCCAAAUCAGCAUUCAUCCAUUGGAAUAAUAAUCUGGCGAAAUUCAUGAAACUUUUCUUGAGAACACAAAGCUAACAACAUUUUUUUCUUCGCAACAGCCCGUGCUAUUCAAGCCGACGAGUAAAGAAAUCAAUAAUCCGAAAACUACAAAACGAUCAAGGCAAUACACGAUGGCCAUGACCUCGUCUUCGAGAUAAUCGACUACAUUACGAUUAUGUGUUGUACGUGGACGUUUGGCAUGAGAUAUCCGGAUGGGUUUUUUAUUAUGACUUUUCCUCGGGCUUGUUAGGAAAGGCAGGCAGGUGUAGCAUAUCGAAUUCAGCCUUUGCUUCUUGAUACCAAAUCCAUGGGACCUUCAUACAUUUUGCAGAUGUGAUUUACAGCUGAUCACUGUGGAAUUGUGGACAAAUAUGAGCAGCACAACAUAAGAGAUCAGAUCCAGAAUGAAUGCGAGUGCGAAUACGAGUGCGAUGGGAAAAGUUCCAAAGUUC